ACGGGAAGAGACGCGAUGCUCUUCGCACUGGUCCCGCUUGCUGGAGUUCGCGGUUGGUCGAGCGCGCCAGGUUCAAUUUUGACCUGGGGCGACGGAACGAAUGAAAUGGGAACAAUCCCGGGCAUUCCUGGGUGUGAGCAAGGCCCUCCUUGCGAUUGUGAUUGCGAUUCUAUCUUCAAUCAAUUUGGAAACGAGCCAAAAUGCUCAAAGUGUUGAGAUAUAAGUCGAUGGAUGAAAAAUGCUGUUCAGACGUAGAAAUUUUAUUUUGAACACUUGUUUUUAUCAACCUAUAUGGUGUUGAAAUUCUUUUCAUUCCAUCUAGAAUCAAAGCCAUUUUGAGUUGCUCAAAGUUCUGGUGAUUAGUACAGAUGGUUGAAAAUAAUUCCAUGGCGCACUUUGUGAUGUGAUAUUGUGUUGAGCCAAAAUGGUUGAGAAUAGGACUCGGCAUAAAAUUGCAUGCAUGUCUGAAUUCCACCAGGACAUAAAGGGUCAUGAAGGGUA